AUGGCUGGUGGAGGAACAAUCGCUGCCUCGAGUAAGGCCUAUCCGGGCAACCUGACAACGAAUGUGUUAGUGACUUGCAUUGUUGCAGCCAUGGGAGGUCUGAUCUUCGGCUAUGACCUUGGCAUCUCAGGUGGUGUGACUUCCAUGCCAUCUUUCUUGGAAGAGUUCUUCCCAUCCGUUUACCGGAAGGAGAAGCUUGAAACUGGAACAAAUCAGUACUGUAAAUUCGACAGCGAAACAUUGACCAUGUUUACAUCAUCACUGUAUUUUGCUGCUCUUAUCGCCUCCUCCAUUGCCUCCGUCGUCACCCGGGAAAUGGGACGAAGGUGGUCGAUGCUCUUUGGUGGAUUUCUCUUCUGUGCUGGUGCUAUUGUCAAUGGCUUCGCUAAAAAUGUCGCAAUGCUUAUUGUUGGAAGGAUGCUCCUUGGUAUGGGUAUUGGAUUUGCCAAUCAGUCUGUCCCAGUUUAUCUAUCCGAGAUGGCUCCAUAUCGAUACCGUGGUGCUCUCAACAUGGGAUUUCAGUUGUCAAUUACAGUCGGUAUCGUUGUUGCCAAUGUGUUGAAUUACUUCUUUGCACAGAUAAAGGGUGGUUGGGGAUGGCGUUUGAGCUUGGGGGGUGCUGUGGUUCCUGCCUUAAUAUUGAUUGUGGGUUCAAUUUUUCUUCCGGACACACCCAACUCUUUGAUUGAGCGUGGAAAAGCUGAUGAAGCCAAAUCUAGGCUUCAGAAAAUCCGUGGCAUUGAAAAUGUUGAUGAAGAGUACAAUGAUUUAGUCGCGGCGAGUGAAGAGUCUAAAAAAAUAAAGCACCCAUGGGCUAAUCUACUGCAGAGAAAGUAUAGACCUCAGUUAGUAUUUGCCAUCCUCAUCCCAUCGUUGCAGCAACUCACUGGCAACAAUAUCAUCGUGUUUUACGCGCCUGUCUUGUUCAAAACCAUUGGUUUUGGAGAUAGUGCUUCACUCAUGUCUGCUGUGAUCACUGGCGUAGUGAAUUUUCUAGCCACCUUUGUUUCAAUCGCCACCGCAGAUAGGUAUGGAAGAAGAGUGUUGUUCCUUGAGGGUGGAAUUCAGAUGCUCAUUUGUCAGAUUGUUAUUACAGUUGCAAUUGCUCUCAAGUUUGGAACAGAUGGUAAUCCAGGUGUGUUGCCAAACUGGUAUGCUGUUCUAUUGGUGUUGUUUAUCUGUAUCUUUGUAGCGGCUUUCGCGUGGUCAUGGGGACCUCUUGGCUGGUUGGUGCCUAGUGAAAUCUUCCCCCUGGAAAUCCGGUCUGCUGGACAGAGUAUUGUUGUAUCCGUGAACAUGCUUUUCACAUUUUUCAUAGCUCAAAUCUUCUUAAUAAUGCUAUGCCACUUGAAAUUUGGUCUGUUCAUCUUCUUUUCUUUCUGGCUGGUGGUGAUGACCGUUUUCAUCUACUUCUUCUUACCGGAGACGAAGGGCAUACCAAUUGAAGAGAUGUCGGGAGUGUGGAGCAAACACUGGUACUGGAAAAGCUUCGUUCCUCCUAGACCUAAAGAGUUAUCUGAGAUUACAAAGGAUGGGAGUUUUAGAGAUUGAAAGACAUGGCUCUGAUGAUCAUUCUGUCUCCUUUAUGUGUAUAGAAGGCAUUCUACUUGAUAUUAUCCUUCCUAGCUUAACUCCUUCAAUGCUUAAUAAUUUGAUUGAUCUUGUUGAUGUUCUUCAAUUUUGGUGAUUUUAGGUUUGUGUUUUUUGUACUCAAGAAUUAUAUAACUUGGGUUCCCAUCGAUGGAUACUUAAUUUGAAAUUCAGUAAUGACAGUUUGCUCUGGUGUUUUUUUUUUUUUUCCGUCACUGUUUGUUCUGCUGUUUUCUUUUUUGAGUUAUGUCCAUUGUUCCCAAAUGUCUAAAGUUCAAUUUUAUAUAGAGUUUAAUUUACUAUAAAAAUGCUAAUUUCAUGUAUUAAUUAUAUUUUUUAUUGUCAUUUAUUUAAAAUUUUGCAUAUGUACGUAAUAGUUGUUUUGUCCUUUGUGCCCAAUCCAUCUUUUGUAUGCCAGGCUUACUCUUUCGUGGCCCUGGUCGAUACUUGGACACCUGUGUAUAUAAUACAUAUCCUGUACAAUUGCUUACAAGGGAAUAAGUCUGAUUCCUCUGCCACGUCUAAUUGUCAAGGCUCUUCUCCGGCUCAUAAGUGCCGUAAACGUUGACAAUCAAUCUCUGGUGGAUCUCAUGCUAAUAGACUUGCGGGGGAUAAAAAGUUUAAAGGUGCAGGGGGAAAUGCAGUGAGUAAGAUGGCUGCUCUGAGUCCGCC